AUGGAACCAAUUGAAAGUUGGGGAACUUUUUAUGGAUUUCAAUAUUAUAAAAAUAUUGUGGACUGCACCAAUAUUUUUAUUGAUAAAAUAUCCGAAAAUUUUCAACGGAGUCGAGAUGCUAGGCAUACAGAUGAAGUGGAGAUGAGAGCACUGUUUGGUCUUUUAUAUUUAUGCGGAUUGCAUAAAUCUUCUCAUGCUAAUGCAAAAGACUUGUGGGACGCUGAUGGCACCGGAAUUGAAUUAUUCCGAAAGACAAUGUCUUACAAACGAUUCACUUUUCUUCUAAGGUGCUUGAGAUUAGACAAUGUAAACGAUCGCGAAGCUCGAAGACAGUUGGAUAAGCUGGCAGCUGUGAGAGAUUUCUUCAGCGAUUUCAAUAAAAAACGCGCGAGUGUCACUUAUGUCUACUAA